UCAACAGCCUCUGGAUUCUGUACAUAAUUUUGUUUAUACAGGGUGUUGUCUAAUCCGUAUCAUUAUAUUCGGGCUUGCUCACGGGACGUUUAAUGUUUACUUUCGGCCUAAAGUUGUAUUCUUAUUAUCGAUUUCAUUAAGUCCUCAUUCACGAAGCAAUUUCGAACAUUUCCUUUAGGGAUUAACGGAAAACAACGAGGCAAAGCUUACUCAGGCUUUGACGACCGAAGUUUAUACCUUUCCAGCUGUUUAUGUGCCCGAAAGACUCUUCCAAAAUGAUGUGGAUUACGCUGUGCGUGUUUACCGUACUGGUUUCAAAAGUACAAGUUGUGACCACCCAGAUCACCAGCUCGUCUGCUGUGGCGGCAGCAAGUCAUGCCUAUAUGCCUACGCCUGGUGUAUCAAGAAAUUCUAGUGGAAAUGAUUCCGCGGCAACACACAGUCUUAAUUCAUCCGUGCCUUUUGUAACAGGAAAUUCUAGUGGAAUUACUCCAACGGCAACACACAGUCUUAAUUCAUCCGGGCCUGUUAUAACAGUAAAUUCUAGUGGAAUUACUCCAACGGCAACACACAGUCUUAAUUCAUCCGGGCCUGUUAUAACAGGAAAUUCUAGUGGAAUUACUCCAACGGCAACACACAGUCUUAAUUCAUCCGUGCCUUUUGUAACAGGAAAUGCUAGUGGAAAUGAUUCCGCGGCAACAUACAGUCUUCAUUCAUCCGGGCCUGUUAUAACAGUAAAUUCUAGUGGAAUUACUCAAACGGCAACACACAGUCUUAAUUCAUCCGUGCCUUUUGUAACAGGAAAUGGUAGUGGAAAUGAUUCCGCGGCAACAUACAGUCUUCAUUCAUCCGGGCCUGUUAUAACAGUAAAUUCUAGUUGGAAUUACUCAAACGGCAACACACAGUCUUAA